UUAAAGUUGGAAUUAUGGGUAAUGAAGAGAUUGAGAGCCCUCACCGUGUGGCCAUUCCUCCGACCAAGCCGUUCUUGGUGUCCUUAGGCGCCAAUCUCAAAGAGACCUUCUUCCCCGAUGACCCUUUCAAACAGUUCAAAAACCAGCCCAUAGGAGCCCAGAUUCUUCUCUGGCUUAAAUACUUUAUCCCCUUCCUCGAAUGGGCUCCUCGCUACACCUUCAAUUUCUUUAAAGCCGACCUCGUUGCCGGCAUCACCAUCGCCAGUUUGGCCGUCCCUCAGGGCAUCAGCUAUGCCAAUCUUGCCACCAUCCCCCCCAUCAUUGGCCUUUAUUCCAGCUUUGUGCCGCCAUUGAUAUACGCCAUGCUUGGAAGCUCCAAAGAUUUGGCGGUGGGGACUGUGGCGGUGGUGUCGCUUCUCAUGUCCGCCCUAUUGGGGAAGGAAGUCAGCCCGGUGGAGCAUCCCAAGGAAUAUGUGCAAUUGGUUUUCACUGCCACUUUCUUCGCCGGAGCUUUUCAGGCCUCUCUCGGCUUUCUCAGACUAGGGGUUAUUGUGGACUUUCUGUCGCAUGCAGCGAUUGUGGGGUUCAUGGGUGGUGCGGCGACGGUGGUUUGUCUUCAGCAGCUAAAAGGCAUAAUGGGAUUGGUUCAUUUCACGCAUGAGACUGAUGUUGUAUCCGUCACGCGCUCUCUUUUCUCCCAAAUUCAUCAGUGGAGAUGGCAAAGUGUAGUGUUGGGUUGCAGUUUUCUCUCCUUUCUCCUCCUCACCAGAUACUUGAGCAAGAAGAAACCAAUCUUCUUUUGGAUAAAUGCAUUGGCGCCUUUGCUUUCCAUCAUCUUGGGAAGUCUUCUCGUCUACUUCACCCACGCUGAACGCCAUGGAGUUCAAGUGAUUGGGAUUUUGAAGAAAGGGUUGAAUCCCUUAUCUGUAUCUGAUUUAGUAUUUGGGCGCCCUCAUCUUCCCAUUGCCAUCAAAACAGGGAUCAUCAUCGGAAUCAUAGGCCUCGCUGAAGGAGUUGCCGUGGGGAGAAGUUUUGCUACACUUAAGAACUACCACAUUGAUGGAAACAAGGAGAUGAUUGCAUUUGGGUUGAUGAACAUUGUUGGUUCUUGCACUUCUUGCUACCUUACUGCAGGGCCAUUUUCGAGGACUGCAGUGAAUUUCAAUGCAGGAUGUAAAACUGCGGUCUCCAAUAUUGUCAUGGCAAUGUCUUUGAUGAUCACUCUGUUGUUUUUGACGCCAUUUUUUCGUUACACACCCUUGGCGGUGCUUUCCUCCAUAAUCAUCACGGCUGUGAUUGGCCUAAUCAACUAUGAAGAGGUCAUCCACCUUUGGAAAAUCGACAAAUUCGACUUUGUCGUCUGCAUCGGUGCAUACAUCGGUGUCGUCUUUGGCAGUAUUGAAACGGGCUUGAUCGUUGCAAUUACAAUCUCUUUGUUAAGGGUGCUUCUCGUCACCGCAAGGCCAAGAACUUCAAUAUUAGGCAACAUUCCCAACUCCACAAUUUACAGAAGCAUUGAUCAAUACCCAACAGCUAACCGUGUGCCUGGAGCUCUCAUCCUUCAAUUGGAGGCCCCAAUCUAUUUUGCCAACUCAAACUACGUGAGAGAGAGGCUUUCAAGGUGGAUCACAGACGAAGAAAAAAGGAUAAAAUCAUCAGGCCUAACCAGCUUGCAGUACAUAAUUCUAGACGUUUCCGGCGUAAGCAGCAUUGACUCAAGUGGGAUCACCAUGCUUGAAGAGGUUAACAAGAGCACUGAAAAAAGGGGUCUCAAACUUUUGCUUGCAAAUCCAAGAAGCGAAGUGAUCAAAAAGUUAAACGUGUCGAAGUUCAUCGAGGCGAUCGGACAUGAACGGUUCUAUCUCACAGUGGGAGAGGCUGUAACAGCCUGCAAUCUCAAGCUCCACACUUGCAAGCCAAAUCCUGUUGGUGCUGAAUUAGAUUCAACUGUGUAGCCUGCAAAAUAACUCCAAGCAGAAGGAGAGAUCAAUUUGGGGGUCCGCCCACCAAGUCCCCAUGGUCAAAUUGCUUUUGGUAAGGCUUUUGAAGUGUUACCCCAUGCUUCUAGAAAAGAAACCGAUCAUAAACCAUGUACUAUGUGAAUUAUUGUACAACUUACUCUUCAAGAUUUAUAAAUAAUUCAAAUCGUGAGACUUUUUUUUGUUGUU